AUGAUUAAUGACAGCAAUUACAAGAAUAUGUUUUCUCAAAUGCAGAUUGCAAGUUGGACCUACGGAAAAGAUAAAAUUCGUCUACAUGCGCAUACUGAGCAUUCUUUGGAACACUACACUGACAAUGAAGAAUGGCGAUUGUUGAAGGUGUCCGUGGUCGAAGAUGAGUACGAGCAUGAAGGCAUCAAUGUGUCGGAACUACGUUACGAUGUCUCUGUGAAAAGGAGACCGUUAUUCUACAUGGUUACGCUGACUUUUCCAAGUUAUGUGAUGUGUGCCAUAUCAGUUGUUGGACUGUUCGCAAGAUUUUCGACAACUGGAGAACGAGAGGUGAUCUUCAAGCUGAAUAGUUAA